UCAAUUGGUUUGUCAAGAAUAGAUAAUAUUUUAUUUCUUAGAAAGAGGCAACAGCAAGAUUUCCUUCCAGUGGUACAUGCCAAGCGCGAUUCAGUAGAUGGUGGACUUGGUCAGAGCAGACAAUCAGAAAUAAUGCGUUUUGGGUACCCUAGUAGGUUCUUAUAAAUUUCUUGUUGUUGUAUAAUCGAUACAAUCUGGUUCAUUGAUUUUGUCACAGGUUGCAUGUACUGAAAAAUAUAUAUAAAAUCUGGCUAACACCAUUCUGCAAAUAUUGUUUGGAACAGGUUUCGAGAAUAUAAAGGCCAAGAAUGAUUAUGUUCUUUCUUACAAUCGACGCCUGAGACUGGCUAACUGGGUUGCUGAGGUAAUGUUUUUGCAUUUUAUUUACACAUCUUACGGCUACUCGAUGUAUUACUUUUUGUUUUGUGCAGGGGCAAAAUAGUGUAGACUUGGUAGGGAAAUCUCAGAUGACUGAUGAGCAGGGCUGUCAGUAGGAUUUUAAGUUUUCAGGUGUAUGCAAUAAUUAUUAGGUGGAAGUUGAAGAGCUAAGAAGUUCUUCUAGUUAUUUUCUGUUUGUUUCCUUUGAAAGUAGCCAGGGGUCAUGCUGAUAGUAUCCCUGACCCCUGACCCUUAGUGACAGCCAUACUGAGGAAAUUUCUUAUACUCUUAGGAAACCGGUGUUGCCAUCUUAACUUACAAAAGUUCUCAACACAUCUUGUUUGUAGCAUUUAACAGCCAGGAAUGUGUACAACAGAGAUUUGGACAGAGGAAAGUGUGAUUUUGCACAGGAUCCAACUAUCCAUCCAUUGUUUUCAACUUCUAAUGAAGACUACAGGUGUGCGUUUCACAAUCAAACACCUUUCAUUUAGCAAGCCAUAAUCGUAUUUAUUUGUCCGCAAAAGGACUUAAAUGUCAAAUAAAUCACAGGAUGUUAUCCACAGACUCCAGACAAAGCCACCUUGUGUAGCAAUCUUGUUCCUCGUCUCCUUUCCUGUUUGUCCCCUGGAGCUCUGGGAGACCAACAGAAGGGAACCAUGGAAACAAGGUUGCUUGUGCAGCACAAUGGAAUAAAUAGAGAUGAGGAUUUUUCAGCUGACUCAUAAGUUAAAACAACCUUGUUUGUUUCCUUGACACUAAGAAUGGAGAGUAAAGAAAAUAUAUAACUCAUUUCACUGAACUGUUAUCCUGCCAGCAAGCUCUCCGAGGGACUCUCCCAUCCCCACCCCUACCGCCAGAGUCUCCCUCUCCCCCUGAGAGCUUACCUGAAGGCUACUUACCUGCUUUUAUCAAAGAGAAGUGAUCAUAGGUAAUCACAGUAUGAAUCAGCAAGAGCAAGAUCUAGGUUAGCUUGCAUUGUGGCUGGCCCAUGCAUCAUUUAGACUUUGUAUACAGAAGGUUUAGAGUGUUUGUGACGAAGGCUAGUGUAGGUAUUACUGCCAGCAACAUGAAAAAAGAAAAAUGAAGUGGGAUGUUAUCAAGUUAAAGUUACCAACCUUACUAACCUCUCCUCAUUCCCCCCCUCCCUCCCCCAAUGCACACACACCCCUAUGAAAAAGGAAUUUUGACAAUAUUUUGGGACCAAAUUAUAACAAAAGGAAACUGAUCCUAAUGGCAAGAAGAGUAUUUUAUGAUUAAUUCAAAAUAUAUGAAUAAUUACUAUAUGUAACUUUUUUGUCAAUUCAAAGGAUGAGUGGAUAUGACAGAGGUCAUCUAGCUGCCGCAGCCAAUCACCGGUCUUCCCAGGAUUCCAUGUGUGCCACAUUCUUUCUUAGCAAUAUGAGUCCACAAGUUGGUGAGCAAACAUGUCAACUGUUUAAAUGGCUCGCGAGCAAGCUCGCAAAUUAUGGCGUGCGAGGGCCCCUCUCACUCGCGUCCCCAUUUGCGUGUGGCUCUCGCGUGACUUCUUGCGACUCCCCCAGGCUACUGUUUAAAAUGUAUAGUACGUCUUAAGACAACAUUUCACUAGUGAAAGUCUUCUUUCCAUUCUUUAAGGCAGGCUCAGGAUUUAACCGAGAUGCUUGGGAACAUCUUGAAAAAUAUUCACGGCAUUUGACAAGGUUUUACAAGAAUGUGUAUGUUAUAACUGGACCUCUUUUCUUGCCAAAGUAAGUCUGGGGCUUUUAAGCUUGCAAAUACAUGUUUGUAGUAGUCUACGUAGCUUGUGGUUUGUUGGGUGAGAGAGAGAAAAAGCUCUGAAAACGCGCGCAAAGGUCGCACGAACGGGCAGUGAAGGUUUCUCGUUGUUUCCGCCCCGAUCUUCUCGUGGCUUUGCAGCUCAUUUGCGCGCUCAACAAACAAAACCGCCAGCUGGGCAGACCUAGCCCGUGUACAGACCCCCCCUCCCCCCCUACCCCCUCCCCUCAGGAAAACAGGCUGCGUGGGCCUGGUACGUAGGCUAUGUUUGUAGUUUUUGUUUAUGCUGUCAGUGUAUUGAUGUCGACAGGGAAGAGUGAAAGAUAGAUUCUUAAUCGAUUUCUGUCUUUACAGAUAAGGUCGAUUUGUUAGCUAAGAUUUUCAUUUAAAGGAAAAAAAAGAUCCUUAUCCAAAGUAUUGUUGUUAAAGAAAUAUUUAUUUGAGCCGUUCAAUUAGUUAAAAGGCGUUUUUUAGAAAGAUUUUUAGACACGCCAAUUAACGCCAACUUGUCUUUUAAACAUGGUAGAAGCUCCUCUUUGUAGUAAGAAAUUUCUUAUCAGUGCUUCAUUGAAAAUACAAUGUUUCAUAUCAAUCUUUUUUAGACUGGAAGCAGACAACCAGUUGUACGUGAAAUAUAAGGUGAGACGUGAUAAGUCACUUCUUAGCGUCAGUAAGAAGAAAACCAGCUUGACUAAUGGCGGUCGCGUUCAUUCCGUUUCGCACUUUCCGUUCCCAUUUGACGAUGUUUUGGCUUUCACGCCAGUACGAGCUCCCUCCGGUUCCCUGUCAUGGUUCUGUUUUUGUUUACAUCAUACCGAGACGAAAUGUCGUGCGGGCGCAAGUAACACUGGCAUGAAUUCACCCCGGUUGUUGUACGAAGAGAAUUUCACUCCGGUACGAAAUUUCGUAACGGUAUCAUGCAGAGUAUCAUGGGUAUCAUGUAAACGCGUUCGGUUUGAAAUCGGUCUGCCAGUGGACUACAACGGGUAGCGCAUGCGUAGUUAGUUUUCGCCGUUUCAGGGUGGUGUCGUCAUAUUGGUCAUGGGCCAUGGGACGACGAAAACUGAACAUGCAAACAUGUAAACGCGAUACGAAAUCAAGAAGUCGCCCCUGUAUGAAACGCGCGCCGGAGUGAGUUUUCUCGUGUAUACACCACUUAACUAGCGUUCUGCUCAUAACUUCUGCAGUUUCUAAUUUUCCGGGGUUUUUUUACGAUAUGUAGCUGAUUGGUAUCAACCGUAUAGCCGUUCCCACGCACUUCUUUAAAAUCAUCUUGGGAGAGACAAACGACAACCAAUUGGAAAUGCAGGUGGGUUAUUCUCUUGUUAAACCGCAACUUCCAGAAUUCAUAUGUACAGAUGAACCUAUAUGUGCGAUCAGCCCUUGUAAGCCCGGGGGGCGGGUACUCAACAAAUGUUUACACGGCGAGGCUCCGCCCCGAGGUUCAACCCCUUACCCUUUUAAACACCAUUUUCCACGAAAAAGGUAUUCCUUUCGUAUACCUUCUAUUGACAAAUGGUACCCCUUUCGCAUACCUUGUUUGCGACUUUGCAUCCCUUUUAACUGCUGUAAAUACACUGUCUUUUAAACAGGAAUCAAUCAUAAAAAUAGAAUGUUUUCUCGACUUUUUAAAGCCAUGAAAUUCAUCUGUUACCCCUUUUGGGCCCACUCAUAAGGGUUUAAACAACCCCUUAUGAGUUUCUGGUGAAGCUAAAAAUCUCUAUCAACAAUCAUGUCUUUAAAAAAGACACAUCACGUGACAAUCACUCACAUGUUUUAUCUCUCGUUACAGUCUUACAUAUUGCCGAAUCAACCAAUCAACGACAAGACGCCACUGCACAUGUUUCAAGUCCCAACAGAUACAAUUGAGAAGGCCUCCGGUCUAAUAGUCUUCGACAAGGUUCCUCGUCACAAUAUAAAACAAAUCCGACCAACGAUUCCUGUAAGCAGUUGA